AUGCCUUGGGAGAGGGUGCAUGCUGACUUCGUAGAACUAUCCGGAAGACAGUACUUGCUGAUGAUCGACGUUUUCUCAAAGUGGCCAGAUCGAAGUACACGAUUUGGGGACUUAUGCUACAACAGAGCAGACCAUGAAUGCGACGAGACGAACCUUCAGUUAUCACGGCUUACCCAGAAGGCCAAUGGAAUUCGAUAUCAGUUGACACCUUCCUAUCAUCCAAUGGACAGGCUGAAAGACUGGUCCAAGAACUCGAGAAAAGUAUCGUCAUUCUUACUGCGGUAUCAUUCAAACGACAUCAAACACAACAACAGGGAAGGCCCGGCGGAGCUGAUGUUGAAGAGAGAAUUGAGAACUAGACUAACUCUUUUACGACCUAAAACAGGGAACAACAUCCGAGAUCUGCAGACUGAUCAAUAUGAAGAUGCUACCUUUCGAGCAAGAGACUUCAAUCACCACGUUCAGUAUUGUAGGCGUGUCAAAGUCACGCAGGCGUGGUUGCAGCGUGAUGUGAAGCAGACGGGAAUGAGUGCUUUUGGACAGAUCGGGCAGCGACUCUCAAGCCGGUUCAUUGACUGCUUCAGCCAGCCGACCGAAAUGAGACAGAAAGAAACAGUCAGACACGUCGCUUCCUGGAUUCUCUCUCACGCUAACGCAGUUUUGGACGAUAUCUCUGCAGAUUUUUUAGAAAAGUUGUUAGAAACCGGAACCUUGCAGACAAUAGAAACAAGCAGUCUCGUAUUUGCCGAAAAUGACAAAGACAGAAGAGCUUUUAUUGUGCUCCAUGGACAGCUCUCUGCAUUUUCAAAAAGCAAGAAAAGCGAAGGAUCAGACAAACUGUACAAUAUUGGACGUCAAGAAAACAAGAAGGAAGACAAUCUUGUCAAGAGAAUUAUUAACACCCGCCAUCGGAGAGAGAAUGAGGGCGCGCGAUUACAAGCAGAGGCACAGAGGUGUCUCUAUCGUACGUAUAGUGAUCCAGGCGACCUUUGCUCUGACAUUCGAAAUGUUGACUUGCGUCCUGCCUCUGCUGGCGUGCCAUCACGUAUACGGGACUCGACUUUGCCGGCUUUGCUAUCUCCAACUGCAAAGAUGAUAUCAUGCAGUUUAGAAACUCUUUACAACAUGCCAGACAGACGGGAAUCUCGAGAUAACUCUAGGCAGACUUUUGGAGAUUUUUUGUAUAACAUUCGGACAGGUCACAUGUUUGGUGAAAACGCUUUAUUCAAUACUCGUGCAGCGAGGAAAAUGACAGUCAUUGCGGACGUACAGACGUAUCUCAUAGAAAUACAGGCAAAUGAUUUUCAGUCGGCGGCCCAGCAAUUCAAGCAAGAGGAUCUCCAUGAGAAAACCGAAUUUUUGGAGGCUCUCGAUCUUUUUCAGGACUGGGACUGGUCUCUCAAAUUUCAUUUGGCUCACAGUAUGGAAUGGAAGCGUUAUCCAAUGGAUGGCUACGUGGUUCGUGAAGGAGAACUCGCUAGCAACGUGCACUUUGUCGUUUCAGGCCAGUUGGUUUUGUUGGCAACUGCUUCUAAUAACGUGACCACAACUUCUUCUUUGGCCGCUCGUCGUCUGCCAACAAAAUUGAGGUGA